AUGGCAACUCACGAACGACAACGGUCCGAGCGAGGCGUGAUGUUGUAUGCACCCGAGCGUGCCGUCGGCCUGCCCAACGCCCAGUUCCCUCAAGGCAUACCGGAGAUGAAAACUUUCGUGGUCGCGCUCGUAGCUCGCAACAAGUGGAGAAAAAUGGUUACCGCCGAUGGCAUGCGGCCGAAUUGUGAUGGUGUCACCUACCUCACCAUGCCGAAGCUUGUCGGCCAAGGCCACUCGAUGUGCAUGAUAGCGUUGAACAAAAUGGUUGCCAUCAAGAACCUCUUCAUCGCCACCCUCAUCUCCAGCGUUAUCGCAACACCACUGUUGAGUGGUCGCAACGUCCCAGACAUUGAAGUCGAUUCCGUCGCUUCCAUCGAGACCCGAGCUGAAGCUGCCAAAAAUGUAAACGCUGCUGCCACAUAUGGCAACGGCGGAUCAUUCGGAAACGGCGGAGCAUACAAGAACGGAAACAACGGUGGUGGCUUCAACUCUGGCGGUGGCUUCAGCUCUGGUAAUGGCGGCGGUAACUGCGACUACUCCGAGAAGAACAGACUCGACCAGGAGAUUCGCAACAGGGAGCGCAUGAAGGACCGCCUCGAUGACGAGAUCCAGAGACGCCAGAAUAUGAAGGACCAGCUUGACCAGGAGAUUCGUCGCAAGCAGAAUGGCGGGUGGUAA